UAGGUUUCGGGAGUGAUAACUACAGUAUGUCCCCUUCAGAGCAGUGAUUCUACCAGGUUUGCUGCUAUGAGCCCGUAUCACCAGUCACACAAUAUAAUGACAUCUUGAUCUGAAUGUUGUUUAUGCCUUCCUAAUUCCUAUAAAGCUAUUUAUGUUCAUCAAAUAUGAUGUGGUCAGGUAUAUAUGUCAUUAUCUUAGCGUUCUAACACCAUUUAUUUUUAUUUUUAAAGGUUUAGACUAAUUAUAUUUAUAUGUAUAGUUAACACGAGUAGGUUGAUCAAUCAAACGAUGCACAAACGACACUAUAUUAGUCUAUGUUAGAUAUGACACAGAAGAGUUCACAACAUCAUUUAAUUUUAAAAUGAAAAUGAGCUCUAAUACUAUGUUUUGUGUAUAUAUUGUGGUUGAUAGAAGAAAGAAUUCCUCCAGUUCUCACCUAGAUGAAAAUCAUGAGAUAGAGAUGGUAGGACAGGGCAAGGCCUGAUAGAUGGGUAUAUAUGUUAAAAUUAUCAAAGAUAUGGCCUGGGCUUCCUCUGAACCAAGAGAUGAUCGAUACUCGAGGUUUAUGGUAAAAAGGUACAUUUACUUGGUGAUUAAUAAUAAGUAUUUGAUAGGCUCUACAACUAUCUUAUAUAAACUAUCGAGAGAGGGUUUAUUUACAUUGUCUAAAGAGCGAGUUCAAACAGGAGAGAUCUUAUUCCAACCUCAACUUGGUGGAGUGGUGGUGCAUAUAUUCAAGAAUUACAAGCUACUUUAAAUAUGUGAAGAACUAUAGGGUUGUUGGAACAUUAAUGUUAGAUAUGUCUUAAAAAUUAGAGCUAUCCGUGAUUGCAACAUUUUUAUUUAUUUUAAUUGAUGUAGUUUUAGAACCAAUAUGUAACUAUUGAGAUAAUUGUAAUAGAUAUUAUUCUUAUGAAUUUAAUUUAUUUGAAUCGUG